CAUGACUCUAAUCUGUUCUCUCUCUCUCCAGGUGAUCUCGGUCAUGUGACCCGAGUGAACAACCCUCAGGUGGAGGAAGGGGACAGCAGGUACCUCGCCAACGAAGUCUUACAAGAGGACUACAGUAAGUUGACGAAAGCGGACAUCUUUGCUCUGGCUCUGACCGUCGUCAGCGCGUCGGGAGCCGAGCCGCUUCCCACCAACGGAGACAAAUGGCACGAGAUCCGACAGGGAAAACUCCCCAACAUCCCACAAGUACUUUCUCCAGACUUCCUCAGUCUGCUAAAGCUGAUGAUCCACCCCGACACGAGCAGACGGCCCUCCACCUCGGAGCUCAUCAAACACCCGGUGCUGCUCACCGCCGCCAGGAUGAGCGCCGACCAGCUGAGAGUCGAGCUCAACGCCGAGAAGUUCAAGAACGCUCUGCUGCAGAAAGAGCUGAAGAAGGCUCAGCAGGCGCGAGCUGCAGCGGAGGAAAAAGUGUUAUCGGGCGACCGGAUCCUGACGCGCUCCACGGUGCACCCGGCGCCCCGAACCUCCAGACUCAUCGGAAAGAAAAUGAACCGCUCCGUCAGCCUCACCAUCUACUGAGCAGGGAGUCAGGCACAAAGGCUCAUGGACCUUUUUUCAAAAAUCAGAAAUAAUUCAGAUGCAGCGCCAACGUAGCUCACUUGUUCCCGGGUUGGAAUCCAGCCCACGGACCGUCUCGUCUGUCUUCUGCAGAAACAUAUCAACUUUAGGGAGGAAGGAAGGAAGGACCCUGUUUGAGUGGAUCUGUCUCUCUUUAGUUUCCUUUCCAUGGAGACCUGUCAGCUGUAGAACUUGAUGAACUCUCAACAUAGCUCAGCCUUUGUUUCCCAAUAGACUUAGGAGAAAGGAAACAUUAUCCCUUAAAGGAAAUUACUUUACCUUUUCCACACUCUCCACCCUCUGCUGAGACUAAGUGAAAGCCUCAUGGACCUCUUAAUCAGAUAUUGAGAUGCAGCUGGGUCUGAAUUUGACCCGCUGUCUUACGGCAGAAACUCAAGGUAGCCACUUCACCUUUUCCCCACUCAUUCCUUCCUCUAAUCGACGUCAGGCUCUCUCUCCGUUUCUCUUUCCUUGCACAUCCCUCGAACAAGCCGAAGCGCCCGCUCUUCAGUGUGAAUGUACUUGUUUCCGUGCGCACCUUACUGCCUGUAGAACGCCUGAUGCUGAGGGUCUGAGGAUUUCUGUGUUUGUAAUGGAACACUUUGGAGGCAACAUCUGGAACACUUGCCACACUUUCUUUGUUUAAAAAGAAUAAAAAAUACUGCUGCUAUUGAUGUUUUGUGUGUGUCAGGGUUGGAUCGUUAUAGAGGUCAUUGGCUCUUAGUUUUGAAGUAGCAGGAGUCCGUUUCGCCCCCAAUUGAUUGUAAUCGGAUGGAGAAUGGAUCAUGCCACAUGAGCUCACUUGUGAUGUUAAAGUGUUUAUGUGCCGUUUAUUGGUGCUUCCGCCCUGCCCGUAGCAUUAGAACAAUCAUCGUCCUGUUCUCUACGUUCUCAUUGGUUCUGUUUUUACUUUCCUCACUGCUCGUCUUUAAUUACUGUUAAGAAAAGUAUUCCACAUUGUUCUAACACAAAACAAUGUUUCUGUUGUUGUAACAUUGUACAUAUGUUCUCUAAAUAAAUUCUCACCUUCUUCACUUUGUGUUGUGUGUUGAAGGGUCUUUACUUCUGUAAUAUGUAAAGGUGUGUUUUUUGAGCUGCGAUGCAAUUCAUUAGAGGCUUUACAUUGAAAAUCAAACUAUAGGUAAGUCUUAAAAGGUCAUAGAUAAGUUAUUGGAAUUACUCAUGGUAUAUCAUGUCUAAAAAUAGUCUUGGUAUGUCAAGCAAUCAAAGUAUGUUUAAAAAAAGAUAAAUAACAGGAUGUCAAAAAUAUAGUGUGUAUAAAUAUGUAUAGAGUAAAGUACAUGGAAAAGAUCUGAAGAAAUAACGUUAAUGUUUUAAAAAAGUGAUCGUAUACUGUGUCAAGUCUGUUUAUAUAUGAACAUAAUCCUAAUGGUAUAGUAUGCUUUGAAAAUAAUGUGGUUUAGUAUGUUGAGAAAAAUAAAGUCGGAAAACACAGUGUGGUGGAAAAGUUGUAGAACAGUAUGUCGAAUAAUUCUGAAAAAAUAAUGUGUAAAAACUCAAAGUAAAGUAUGUCAAAUAUUAGACAUGUCAAAUAUUAGAAAAGUCCUAUUAUGUUUAAAAUAUUCUGAAAAA